CAACUGUUUCCAUCGCACUACCCAGGACAUCCGUGUGUCGGCAUUGCACAAAGGUGGCAUAUCCUUACCACGGGCAUUAAUCGUUCCGUUUUCAAACCUCACAAGAUACUCCACCUAAAUCGUACCACAUGGCUCAUCAAAGAUCCGUCUUAUAUAUAUCCGCCUGAUACAGCGUAACAAGCAAGCUGCAGUUAUCCCAGCUUCGCAUAUCAUAUACUCUUAGAAGCUGAACCUUGCGACGCCCGGUCUUCCAUAUGCUUAUAAAAUCUACACACUGAAUACGACUAGACCAACAUGACGUCUCGCGUUCCUCCCGACGGCGUCUUCGUGCCCGUGCCGACAUUCUUCAAGGAUAAGCCCCAAGCUCCCGACUUACAGCCUGCCGUCGACGUAGCCACGCAGGCUAGCCAUAGUGUGUACCUCGCCGAGUCGGGCAUCACGGGCUUGGUGCUCAUGGGCUCCACAGGCGAGGCCAUUCACAUGUCGAGCGCCGAACGUGUCGACCUGAUCUCGGGUGUACGUAAGGCUCUCGACGAGGCGGGGUACAAAGACUACUCGAUUAUGGCGGGAGUGCUCGCCAACAGUGUUGAUGAGACGCUGGAGUGGCUUCGCGAUGCUCAGCAGGCAGGAGCCCAGUGGGGACUUGUGCUUGCGCCAGGCUACUUUGGCGGUGCCGUAACACAGGAUAACUUAGUUGAGUGGUUCAGUUUAGUCGCUGACAAUAGUCCUCUGCCAAUACUACUUUACAAUUAUCCGGGCGUAACGAAUAACUUGACAAUUAGCAUUGACAGCUACGUCAAGUUGGCACAGCAUCCUAAUAUUGUUGGGUGCAAGAUGUCCCAUGGAAACGUUUCCCACCAUCUUCAACUAUCCCUUCACCCCAACGUUGACCAUUUCAAGUUCCGUGUCUUCUCCGGCUUUGGCCAACAGCUUGGUCCUAUCGUUACGUUCAAUGCUGCUGGCGUCAUCGAUGGUCUCGCAGCCAUUUUCCCAAAGACUGUAGCUCGCCUGUUUUCGCUCGCGGCCAAACGACCACUGGAUGAAUCAGCCCUGGAAGAAGUGCAGAGGCUGCAAUGGAAAGUAUCUACGGCUGAGGAAUUCAUUGUCAAGUAUGGUGUUUUGGGUAUCCGCGAGGGCAUAUUUAGGGUCUUGGGCUUUGGACAUUUGUCUGGAGGUCGGCUGCCCUUGAGAGGGGUGUUGCCUGAGGGUGUAUAUAAGGACUGGGCUGAGGUUAUCAGACAGAUGGAAGAUGAGGAGAAGAAGUUUUAGCUUUAAAUAAAGGGUAUCUUAGUAAGUUUAUUAUAUUUUAUAUAGAGAUAAGUAAAGUG